GAGGGGACAUUGUCACCCCAACAGCCACCCCUGGGUGUUGGCAGUGCCCCGGUGACAAUGUCCUGGAUGUCCCCUGUGCUCCAGGAGGGGACAUUGUCACCCCACAGCCACCCCUGGGAGGGGACACUGUCACCCCACAGCCACCCCUGGGUGUUGGCAGUGCCCUGGUGACAAUGUCCUGGAUGUCCCCUGUGCUCCAGGAGGGGACAUUGUCACCCAACAGCCACCCCUGGUAUCCCCCAUGUCCCCAAAUGUCCCCAAUGUCCCCCAUGUCCCCACAGAACUUCUCCGGGUACGACGUGUGCAGUAUCCUGCUGGGCACGUCCACGCUGCUCGUCUGGGUCGGGGUCAUCCGAUACCUCACCUUCUUCCAGAAGUACAACAUCCUCAUCGUCACGCUCCGGGUGGCCCUUCCCAACGUGAUCCGGUUCUGCUGCUGCGUGGCCGUGAUCUACCUGGGCUACUGCUUCUGUGGCUGGAUCGUGCUGGGCCCCUACCACGUCAAGUUCCGGUCCCUGUCCAUGGUGUCCGAGUGCCUGUUCUCCCUCAUCAACGGCGACGACAUGUUCGUGACGUUCGCGGAGAUGCAGCAGCACAGCCACCUGGUGUGGCUGUUCAGCCAGGUGUACCUGUACUCCUUCAUCAGCCUCUUCAUCUACAUGGUGCUCAGCCUCUUCAUCGCCCUCAUCACCGGCUCCUACGAGACCAUCAAGCACCAGUGUGAGGGGGACCCCCCGGUGUCCCAGCUCCAGGCCUACAUCGCUCAGUGCCAGGACAGCCCCAAGUCGGGGAAGUUCCGCCGGGACAGCUCCUCGUCCUGCUCCGUGUUCUGCUGCUGCGAGAG